UUUUGAUCCAAGCAUUUGGUUAAGGUUUAGCCUUUUUCAUUCAUAAUUUUUUAACUUUUAAAAAAAUUUGAAUUCAAUAAAUAAUAGUAUUUAAAAUGGCAUUAGCCCGUUGCGGAAAAUUCUUGUUGUCUCAACGUAUUUUAAGUACAUCGAGCCGGCUGCAGCACGGAUAUAUAAUUUUGCUUCCAGAGAUAGGAGAAGAAGCCCCAGAAAAGAAUCCUCUGUACGAAAACGACGGUCUGACAAAAUUUAACGAAAUCACUAUUGAAAACUGCAGAUCAGCUAUUGCAAAACAAGCCCUCGAGUUUGAAUUGGGUAUACAAAAAAUUGAGAGCGAAAUAGAAGAGAAUUAUUACGAGGAUGUCUUUGAUAGUAUUAUUCAACCCAUGGAAAAACUGGGCAUUCCCAUGGAAACUACUUGGGGAUUAUCCAAGACCCUGUAUCUAGGAAAUAAUACAUUAAUGCCUACAUCGAGUUACAUGGCUAUACAUGACAGAGGUAGACGAGCAAGAGCGGCAAAGUACACUAGCAAAAAAAUACAUUUUGCAAUUAAAGAAGCGUUUUUAAAAGAAACACAAAGGACUACAGAGGAAAAUAGAAUAUUGCAAAAGUUUGUGUUGGAAGGUAAAUUAAAUGGGUUAGAGCUAAAUAAAAAGGACAGUGACAUUUAUUCAUAUCAUUUUGGUAAAUUGGUUCCUGAGAAAAAUCAGUUUAAAGUUAAGGUUGAUUUGGGUUUAAAGCAACAUUCGCAGAUGAUAAGGGAUCCCAAUAUUGUACGUGAUUUUCCUGAAGAUUUAUUGAAGGCAACUGCAAUAAAUCCAAACAAAUACAUGAGCGGCCCUUGGAAGUUCACAUUGUUACCCCAAGUUUAUGGCCCAUUAAUGGAGCACUGUCCUGAUCCCGAAAUCAGAAGCAUCCUUUGGAGGGCAAACGCCAAUAGGGGCUCAGUUGGUGGAGAACGUGAAUUGGCUACCAGUUUACAUGUGGAAGAAAUUAGAUUUGUAAAACGUAACAUGGCAAAAAUUCUUGGUUAUGAGACUUACGUUGAUAUGUCAAUGGAAACAAAAAUGGCUGGCAGUAGACUAGAAGUAGAUCAAUUUAUAAGACGUCUACUAGCAUAUGCCAGACCUGCACAAGAAGCAGAAUUACAAAGCUUGGUAGAGUUUGCCAAUGAAAGAGGCUACAAGACUGAUAAGUUAGAAUUAUGGGAUGUACCCUAUUGGAGAAGAAAGCAACAAAAACAUUUGUAUCAUUACAGUGAUAAUGACCUAAAAGAUUUUUUCCCGUUAAAUACCGUUUUGGAUGGGCUGUUUCAGCUUUGUGAAAAAUUGUUUAAUAUUAUUAUAAAAGCUAGAAGCGGAGUUAGCACCUGGCAUAAGGAUGUGAGAUUUUAUGAUAUAUUCGAACCUCAUAGUUCAGCUCCAGUGGCGGGAUUCUACUUUGAUCCAUAUGCUAGGUCCGAAGACAAAAUAAGAUUACAGAAUUCUGGUUGGAUGGUAGGCAUGCAGAGUAGAAGCCAAGUUACUGACACUAAGCCACUGGCGGCGCUUAUUUUUAAUUUUGAACCACCAACUGGGGAUAAACAGUCGCAUUUGAGCUUCAAAGAAGUCAAAAUUUUGUUCAAAAAAUUUGGCCAUUCUAUGCAACACUUGCUGACAAGGACUUUUUAUGCGGAAGUUGCUGGACUUUCUAAUGUAGAAUGGGAUGCUGUGGGGACUAGCGGGAAUAUGUUGACCCAUUGGCUGUUUAAUGAAGACGUAAUUGCAAGUAUAUCUUCACACUAUGGUAGCGGUGAUAAACUUCCCAAAUCAAUCUUCGACAAUCUUUGCAAGGCUCAAAACCACAUGGCUGGUCUGGAUUUAUCCAACGAACUCUAUCUGUGCGCUCUAGAUUUGGAGCUUUAUUCGUCAAACGACUUUUGGCUGGAUAUCGCAAGACGUUUGUGGCCCCAAUACAAACAUUUCAAAUACGAAUGGAAAAUAGACGCUCAUCCUUGUCAAUUCACUGAAAUAUUUUUGGAAGAAUGGGGCGCGGCUUAUUAUUCACAUUUAUGGUCGAGAAUGUUGGCGGCCGAUGUGUAUAGCGCGUUUUACGAAGUCAGAGACGAUGAGCAACAAAUUAAGGAUGUCGGGAAGAGGUAUAGGGACACGUUUUUGGCUUUGGGAGGUAGCCAGCAUUCUAGUCAAAUAUUUAGGGAGUUUAGAGGUAGAGAUCCUUCGCAUAAGGCUUUAUUAAAGUCCUUGGGGCUCAAAAAAAAUAAGGAGGAAAGUUGAAAUGUGAUUUAAGAGACUUUGUUGUUGUUGGUUCAUAUUUUUUUACGUAAUUUAAAGAAAAAUUGUUACUGUUUACUUCUUCAAAUUUAUUUGUGGUCAUUUCAUUAUUUGAUCAUCCACCUUCAACUAGUUUAUCAACAAUAUUUCAUUGUAGAUAUUUCUAGGAUUUGUCCUUAUCAACGUGUUAUAAAAGAUUUAAUCCUCCUCAGUAAAUUACCAUUUUUUGUAAGUUCGUGUUAAUUAUGUAUAUAUAGUGUUAAAUAA